AUGUCUCCGUUUCGCAUCGUCGAACAUGUUGUACCUACCCAGCACAUUAGGGAGUAUCCGGGCGCGACGGCCAACGAACAAGAAGAACCCCUGCAUUUAGCUGUGAAGCAGUAUAUUCCACUUGAUAACCCCAAUCCGCAACCAGGCGAUGUGACUAUCCUCGCUGCGCAUGCGAAUGGUUUCCCCAAGGAACUAUACGAGCCUCUCUGGGAAGAAAUCCACGCUCGGUCCAAGCAGAAUGGGUUCCGCAUUCGCAGUAUCUGGAUGUCCGAUGUGGCACAAGAAGGCCAGAGCAGCGUGAUCAAUGAAGACUCGCUUGGCAAUGAUCCGAGCUGGUUUGACCACCCCCGCGACCUACUUCAUCUGGUCAAUGUUAAGCGGGCUGAAAUGCCCCGUCCCAUAGUGGGCAUUGGACACAGCAUGGGAGGCGCUCAUCUCACCCAACUAUGUCUAAUGCACCCGCGGCUCAUCCACACAUUGAUCUUGCUCGACCCCGUCAUCCAACGCCAAACCACCCAGCUUGACGGUCUCAGCAUGGAACAGAAUAUGCGCCGGAUCGCCAAAACCACCCAACUCUCAACUUACCGGCGCGAACUCUGGCCUUCACGCCAAGCUGCCGCAGAAGGCUUCAAGCGAAGCCCCUUCUACCAAGCCUGGGACCCAAGAGUCCUCUCCCGCUGGGUCGAGCAUGGCCUCCGUGAUCUCCCAACAGCCAUCCACCCACUGGACCCAAAGACUCAAAUCGACUCUGCGGGACCCCCAGUAACCCUGCGCACUCCUCUCCACCAAGAGGUAUUCACCUUCUCGCGCCCCAACUACCACCACAUCCCGCGCAGCGGAAAGCCCGUCAACCGCGUGACCCACCCAGAUCUGGACGCAGACCACCCCCACAACCACCCAUUCUACCGGCCCGAGCCAGCACGUAUCUUCGCGCAGCUCCCCUUCCUUCGCCCAAGCGUGCUGUAUAUCUUCGCCGGAAAGUCAGACAUGUGUCUUCCCGAUAUGCGCGCUGAUAAGCUCGCCAACACUGGCAUUGGACAGGGCGGCAGCGGUGGGGUUGCAGCCGGUCGUGUGCGAGAUGUGUUCCUUGAGGAGAAGGGGCAUUUACUUGCACAGGAGGCCGUGGAUGAGUGUGCCGAUGCGGCGGCCUCGUGGCUCGCACCUGAGAUCCGGCGCUGGAAGGAUGAAGAGGAGAGCUUCCGAUCGAGUUGGAGUAAGAAGUCCAAGAUUGAGAAGAUGACUAUCGAUGCCGAAUGGUUGGAGAAUGUUCCGGCGCCGGCGCGCAGACCGAAGGCGCAAAGUGGUGGCUCGAAGCUGUGA